GCUGAUAUUUGUUCGCGGCGUGUUACGUCGCUUUUGGUUGCGAAUAUUGAGAAAUUUUUUAAUAAACACAAACGGCAGUUGAAUUUCAAUUGAAAAUAAAGAAAAACACUCAAAAUGUCAAAUAGUCAUCUGUUUCUCAAAUCCGGUUUCCCGCGCGCACCCCUUCAAAACGGAGUGGGCCGCUAUGUCUGUCAGCUGCAGCGCCUUACACUGAAAUUCUGCAAGAACAACGGCUCCAGCCGUGGCAUGCGAGAUUUCAUUGAAAACCAUUUGGUGGACUUUGCCAAAGAGAAUCCAGGCAUUGUGGUCUAUGUAAAGCCCCGACGCCACCGCGCCCCUGUCCUAGUGGGUGAAUACUUAAAUGGUGAUCGCGAGUGGCUAAGCGUUCGUAAUAGCACACAGACUGAGAUCUCCAAGUGGAUCGACCUGCUGAAGACACAAAACGGCAGCUCCAGCUCGUUGCGUCUACGCAAAAUGUGGCACACAGAUGUGCCAUCAAUUCAAGGUCCUUGGACGCCAUUUCUACUGCGCUCACCCGAUGCCCACAACCAGACAUAUCCCACCAGCGAAGCGUCCCAGCCGCUCGAUGUGCCACAAACGGCCACCGAGAAGCUCAUCGAGCUGUUCAAGCAGCAACAGUUGGAGGCUGAUACCGUCUUGGAGCAGAAGCGAGCCGAGUAAGAUUGUGUGGCAUGUUAAAAUAAGAGGCUUAGUUGAGUUUUAUA